CUCACUUCUGCCGGUCCUUCGCCGCAGCUUCACCUUUUCCUCUUUCGACUCCAUCUUCUCCGCCAUUCGCAGCCCUCGACUCAAUUCCAACAUGGGCAAGCUUACUAGCACGAUCGGUAUUCCGAUCAAACUGCUGAACGAGGCGCAGGGCCAUGUCGUCACGCUAGAGAUCACGUCGGGGGUGGUGUACCGCGGAAAACUUCUCGAGGCCGAAGACAACAUGAACGUCCAACUGAAAGAUAUCACCGUCACCGCGCGCGACGGUCGCGUGUCGCAUCUCGACCAGGUGUACAUCCGCGGCAGCCACGUGCGCUUCUUCAUCGUGCCGGAUAUGUUGCGAAACGCGCCCAUGUUCCGUUCUCGAGGCCAGCGCGGCAGAGGUGUCGGUCUGGCUCGCGGUAAGGCCACGGUGCAGCGUGCCCGCGGCCAGAGGAGAGGGUGAUGGUGAUGGUGAUGGUGAUACCGGGUUCUUGUUUUAUUGUUUGCUUGAUGCUUGAUUUGAAUAAAUGGCGGCGUUUCAGUUUCGGGGACCUUUAGGUCUCGAUCUAUAUCUUGUGUUUUAGGUCGAGGAGAGAGAAAAUUUAAGAUUCGGUUCGGAUGAUUGGGG